AUGGAGAACCACCCCACAAAAAAUGGCACCCAAUGGACCAGUAUUGCAGCCUGCAGAAAUAAUUUAUUUCUUUUGGAAAAGGACCCCAGACACCCAGUGACAGCUUUGGCCAUCAGCUUGCUCUACGAACAAACACCCGACAAUUUCACACACGGUGCUGGCUGCGUAGAUUGUGCCACUCACGACAACGUCACGAGCGCCCGGAAAAAUAUUCAUUUCACUCAUGCUGAGGUGGAGAAGACACUGGUAGAUGGAAGGAAUCUGAAGUGGGCGAAGGAAAGAAAUGAGUACCUGACACCCGGAGACCCCCAAUACUUCCACGUGUUGAGCACAGCAGUUGGCAAACACGACGAUGUUUUCAAUAAUGCCUCUACACCUCCUCAGUCCAUCCCUGCGGCACGUGCACGCACCCUCUACCUCGACCAUCCAUCCCUUACACGCGCUUUUGACCCACUUCUGCUCACGACAGGAUCUACGAUGAAGAAAUACUGCGAGGAGCUGCCCAAGAUCCUGAUGAACGGUGUUGGCAUGGGGGAAAUGGAGAGGCGGUGUCGCAUGAAAGGAGGAGGACCAGACAUGGACUCGCCCAACACCUCCACUACCUUCGGAACCAUCAAAGAAACGCAAACGGUCUUUUGGCUUGUCAAGCAAGUUGUGCGGUACAAUGGACAAAUGCGACUAGAUGCAGAUAUUCCGCGAAGACAUUAUCGAAGCUCAGUACAUUUCGUGUCCCCUCAAAAAUCAUACCAAACUGAUUUUGGGCCUCAAAUCAGGUACAAGGCAGCACUACCAGACCAAUCUGCCAACUCCCCAGCCACCGAACGACCCGUUGAAACCGCCAACCAUUUUGCGUCCUAUCUAGCAUUUCCCGUCACUUUCCACGGCCUCAGGCUGCAGUAA